AUGCAAAAACCGUUUCUGAACGCCUGCGACCAUGUGAGAUCCGCCUGCGACCAUGUGAGAUCCGUCUGCGACCAUGUGAGAUCCGUCUGCGACCAUGUGAGAUCCGCCUGUGACCAUGUGAGAUCCGCCUGUGACCAUGUGAGAUCCGCCUGUGACCAUGUGAGAUCCGUCUGCGACCAUAUCCGUCUGCGACCAUGUGAGAUCCGCCUGCGUGACCAUGUGAGAUCCGCCUGUGACCAUGUGAGAUCCGCCUGCGACCAUGUGAGAUCCGCCUGUGACCAUGUGAGAUCCGCCUGUGACCAUGUGAGAUCCGCCUGCGACCAUGUGAGAUCCGCCUGCGACCAUGUGAGAUCCGCCUGCGACCAUAUCCGCCUGCGACCAUGUGAGAUCCGCCUGCGACCACCAUGUGAGAUCCGCCUGCGACCAUGUGAGAUCCGCCUGCGACCAUGUGAGAUCCGCCUGCGACCAUGUGAGAUCCGUCUGCGACCAUGUGAGAUCUGCCUGUGA